CGGAAGAUUAUGCUGGCAAGAACGGUGGGCUCCAUCACUCAAAUUUUAUUAGGAACAGUGGUUCCAGCACCCACCGAGUGGGCUCCAGAAGCCAAUUUUUACAACAGAAAGUCGUUCCAGCAGACUACGCCGCUUGGCUCCAGCUUCAGCAACGCAUUCGUAUUGAGCGCGGCCCACGCACGAACCCACGCGCAGAGUGUAGGUACAGUAGGUUCCCGCCCCGUCGACGCGGCGGCGCCCCCGGCGCGAGAGUUCAAGGCUGAACGCCGCAAGCGGCCCGAAACCAGCCGAUAUCGAGUGGCCUGCGUUGCCGCAGAGGGUACUCGCUCGCUCUCCUGCCGCUGCCUUCCACCGUCGCUGACGUCCGUCGCUGCCGCCGCCACCCCCGAGGAGUCCUCCAACGCGCAGUUCCAGCCGAACAGCAUCCAGGGGCAGAAGCUGCUGCAGAAGUGCAAGCACCUGCUGGAGGAGAACUCGGAGCUGGGGAGGCAGCUGGGCGAGGAGCGCGUCCAGAUGCUGCGGAUACAGCUGACCGUGGAGAGGCGGAAGCGCCUGCAGCUGAGGCAGCGCAUCGGCGAGUUCGACCAGCACGCUGAGCAGGUGGACGCCGAGAACGAGCGCAUGCAGAGGAAGAUCGCCGAACUGGGGCAGCAGCUGAAGGAGACGAGGGCGGAGAUAGAUCGGCACAAAAAGGACAUAGAGGAGUUCAGGUCCGGCACGAAGAGGAAGAGGGAGGACAGGGCUCCCGCCGGGGCCCCCGCCGAGCUGCCUGCGCCGGCCCCCGUGGCCCCCGAGAAGCAGAAGAAGAGCAAGAAGCACAAGGCCGACAAGUGACCCUGGCCGCCAGGGGCCCGCUGGCCUUCCCUCCUCCAUUCUCCGUCCCCUCUGCCUCCCUCGACUC